AUGUUUGCGCAGCGCAAACUGAACGAGGGCAAAGGAAAGGACACAACACAGGUGCUCCUCUCCUCUGUCCUCGUUCAAUUUUGGCUGUGGAAACAUGUCGGCGCAGUAUUGCUUGGCAACUGCGGAUGGUACGACAAGACGUGCUGGGCCGCCACCGUGCAACGAUUCAGUGGGGCAGCUAACGACACCGGCGUUGAUGACGUCAGCGAUGGCUCGUGCCACAACGAGGUGGUGACCGAGUGCGUGCGCAAGCUGGACCUGUUGUCACGCAACAAGAGCCUCGCCUUCGCCACCACUGAGGCCGAGCUGAAGCGGAUAUGCGACCACCUUACGGACGCCAUGGAAUGCGUGAACGGAUUCACGCGGCGCUGCUUCAACGAGCGACAGCGCGAGAUCUACCGACGGCUCACCAGUGGAGCUGCUCAACUCAUCGAAGACUUCUGUCAGGAAGGGUCUCGAUUCAGACUGACCUACCUGAAGCAUUCCAAGUGCUACAAGCAGUUGCAAGACGACUACAAUUACUGCGCAGCGGUCUACAUGGCGCAACGAGCCGAGCUUCAAGGGCAGAUGCUGAGCACACAGGAGAAGAUACGACUGUCUUGCUGGCAAAUGGACGGAUACAAGAACUGUGCCAAGGCUGCUGUGCUCCGGCGUUGCAACGCAGAAGCGGCCGAGCUUGCUGAAGACAUCAUCGUCAAGGCUGGUGGCUACCUUGUUUCGACGCACUGUGCCGGGUACAGGAUCGACGAGCCCACUUGCAGCAGCUGUUCUACACGAGUAGUCCAAGCACUGAGCGUCACAUUGGCGGCUCUCGCGUGCUACCUUGUCUUCUCGAGAAGACAGUAACCAAAGUCUUAGGACACCUUGCGGCCAAAGAAAACUAAACUCGGCGGCUGGUCCGCAGCGGUGUGACAUUCGAUCAUCAAGAAGCAAAGAGUGUUCACAUGUGGUCAUGACCUCGCCAACGCUCGGCGGUCACGUGAACCACUGUAUUUUCUUCUUGGGAAGACAGUUGCCAUCUCACUCUGGCACAGAGCAGUGGAAGGAUGGACACUCCAGCGUUUGCAACGCAAUGGUCGGGCUUCCGAAUUGAAGGCUGUGAGCGAGUGCUCCGCAAGAAGUGUAGUGUUCGUGUUUCCGGCAGUAAGGUCUUCAUCGACAUCCUCCGCAAGUCAUCAGCUUUCCUCGUACUCAGUGACACAGAAUAUGGUGGCUAUAGCAUCGUGGGUAGGUAGUGAACAGACAGCUGCGAGCAAGAUAUGUUCACCUUUACAGUGUGCUCAUGUGGACUUGUAUGCACCUCCAUUAAGAGUAGAUUUAAUAGUGUUAUAAAGGACGGGGAAGGCAUCACACUGACGCAGUGAGUCAUUCUGUGUCCAUUGUAGCACUGUCGAAUCUGCUCUAUGCGACAAUGACGUGCGCGGCGACUUGCCGACAGCUAUAGACUAUGUGAUCUGCAUUCUUCAGCGCGAUACAAUUGAUAUCGCCCUGAUGCGCGCAGCGGACACAGGAUGGGAAGCGUGCUCGUCUGAUCGCAGUGAUUAAGUACCGAAGCAACGAGCAAAAAAAGGCCCACGGAUGCGGUCAGCAUCCUUCGGAUGACAGUGACAACGAGCAGUUCAACGAAAAAAUGUGCGGUGAAAAGAAA